AUGGAUUUGGAUGGACGGAAAACUCGGGGCAAGCAGAAGAUCCAGAUAAAGAAGAUAGAGGAUGAGAAUAUUCGCUUGAUCACGUUCUCGAAACGCAGAUCUGGCAUCUAUAAGAAAGCGUGUGAGCUAUCAACAUUGUGUGGGGCUCAAAUCGGGAUCGUAGUGUUUUCUCCAACAGGGAAGCCCUUCUCAUUUGGGCAGCCAACAAUCAUGGCGGUGCUAGAGCGAUACUGCAAUAGGAACAUCUCUAAACAACCGCUCGAUGGUGACCGGGUGCAGCAAAUUUUGGAGGCCCAGCGGAGGGAGAGGAUCCAGGAGUUGAACCAGACUUUGGACGAGACCCUCACCAGAUUAAUGGACGAGAAAAAGCGCGGAAAGUCACUUGCACAAUUAAUCAAGGAGACCCGGGCCGGGAAAGCAGCCCGAGGUGAAGUUAGUUGGUGGGAGGCUAAGAUUGAAGAGCUCUCGCCUCCACAACUCGAGCAAGUGUCUGAGUCCCUAGAGCAAUUUUAUGGUGAUCUCACAAACCACAUGAACCAACGAAACAAUGACAAUCAAAACAACAAUAACAAUAGUAAUAUCGUUGGUUCCUCUAUCUCAUCAUGGGAAACGCUAAAUUUUGAUUUUAAUAUUGCUGACUUCGACAUUGGAAGUGGGGGAUUUCCGGACAACUGGUGGUGAUUGAUAGUUUGAUCAGGUUUUCUUUACAAUAAUAUAUCAAUAAGCACGAUGUUUUGCGUGCAUGGCAAUAUUAAUAAAACAAUUGCUUUGGGCAUCUUCUGAUUCCUAUAUGCCUCCAGCAUGCGUUUCUUUCAUCAUAUUCUUUUCUU